UAUAUCUGAGCGGUCAGUGUCUCGCACCGACUCUGCACUAACUCCUAUUUAACGUGGGACGCUCCCUGUGGAUGAACAGGGGCUGCAGGCUGCACAGCGAAGUGAAGCGGGCAGAGCUGCAGCGCGUGCUCCACCAACUCUGCCUGAGAGAGUGACGUAUUUGGGAUUUUUCGCUCUCUCUUUCCUCUUCAUCAUAUCUCCGUUUUUCCCCACCUUUUAUCCCACUCGUAACUUCCGAACAUCGUGAACCAAGGCGAAACCACCUCGAACCUGACCUAAGUUACCAAAGUAGGAAUCUACAGAACCUCCUCUGACAGAAAACGCCGCUGAGGACCUUCAGUUAGCUUCAGGCUAAGUCCAACUGAGCUCGACCGUUUGUUUUGUUGUUUUUACAGCGCCGUCUGUCCGCUCCGUCGUUGGUUAUCGAUUCGUUGCUGACAGAAAGGAGAGAGGGAAAGAGGGAGAUAACAUGUCCGAAGUGUUGCCCUACGAAGAGAACCUCACUCAUUAUGGAAACGAUGGAGACGAAGAUCAAAUCUCGCUCACCUGUCGACUGCAGAACACCAACAACUUCUUCGGUACUGGGCAGAACAAAAGGCCACCUAAACUUGGCCAGAUUGGAAGGAGCAAGCGAGUUGUCAUAGAAGAUGACAGGAUUGACGAGGUGCUCCAAAACACAGCAGAAAAGUCGCCGGCGGAGGCGUGAAAGCCUGGAAACGUGGGUUUUUUUAGGGCUGCGGGAAGUGUUGGAAUACACAAAUGUGCAUAAAUAAAGCACUUUGCAGUGCCUCUCGGUAGGGGUUGAAUUUCACAGCAAAGCACACGGAGGAGAGCACUGGCGCAGGCUUCCAAAAUGGGGAGAGCGAGGGUCCGAUCUGCUUUUUACUUUCGAGGGCAUGUUUUGAUAUCUUUUUUCCUUCAUAAGCUGAGAUCAGUCCAAUGUUGUUCAAUACUUGUGGGUUUGAUCCUUAGUAGUAAAGGUACCAUUGUAUUGUGAGAGGAAUGCAUUGAUAUUACAAGCACAAAUCACAGUCUACUGGUGACCAUUACAUCUCCUCUUUUUUUCUUCCUCAGACAGGGCACUUUGUUUUUCUGUAUCUUGCAACACUAUGAUGACUUUCGUGCACAAUGGAACUGUGAACUUCUGUGAUGUGUGUGUUUUGUUUUUUUUUUUGGGUGGGGUGUUGGGGGGUGGGGGCUCUUUUUUUGUUUUGUGUUUUUUUUGUUUUUUAUCCCCCCCCCCCUCCCAAGGAAUUCUGGUCAUGAUCUUUUGGGGUGCAUUUUUUUGCAGUGCUGGAAAGCAGUGCACAUGUUUUUAUAGACUGAACAACUGAAAGCCUACCUUUUUUAAAAAAUCACAAACUUUUUUUUGUUGAUGUUGCUUGUUGUAAUAUUAUUUUUGUCGUUGCUACAAACUGCCUGCUCAGCCUAAUAGCAGUGAAACUAGCUUAUUUUUGUAUGGAGAAGCAGUUUCCGAAACUGUUUUCGAUUUUGGUUGUAGACGUAGUCCUAGCACUUUCAAAUGUGGCUGUCACUCUGCUGUACAGGAUAUGAUCACAUUUGUGCCAAAUAUCGCAAAAGUAUGCCAGUCAAGCUGUGUCCUCGUGCUCUGCGUACUGUGAAAUUCUGCGAGCCUGGCUGUCCUGUCCAUUAUCAGGGCUUUUUCUAACUGCUUUUGCAUGAGACAGGCUGAAGUGCCUCCCUGUGUGGCAAUGGAACUGGUGUACUUUACAGUAAUCUUUGUUGUUUGCAACUUUUGGAAUUACAGACCUCAAAAAUCUCUUGAAUAUUACAUAUACUUCUAUAUGUUGCACUUCUCUUCACUGUUAAACAGGGCUAUAUUGAUAAUGGAAAGUAUGACCAUUAAAAUGUGAAUAUACAUCAAAA